UAUUUUUAUUGGGUUUUGGUGGCGCAGGUGUUCAGUAGAGAGUACAGUCACAAGGACUUCUGCCUGGCGCAUCUUUUCACUGAUCUUAAAUUCGAGGGGGGCAUCUUGGGGCUUGCUUACGUCGGUUCACCCCGUCGUAAUUCUGUCGGGGGCAUUUGUACCCCAGAAUACUUUAAAAACGGUUACACUCUUUAUUUAAAUUCGGGAUUGAGUUCAAGCAGAAAUCAUUAUGGACAGAGGGUGAUAACCAGAGAGGCAGAUCUCGUCACUGCGCACGAAUUUGGGCACAAUUGGGGCUCCGAACACGAUCCAGACAUACCCGAAUGUUCUCCCAGUGCCAGCCAAGGGGGCUCCUACUUAAUGUACACUUAUAGUGUCAGCGGAUACGACGUGAAUAACAAGCGUUUUUCCCCGUGCAGCUUACGAUCUAUACGCAAAGUUCUCCUGGCCAAAUCAGGAAAAUGCUUCUCGGAACCCGAGGAAAGUUUCUGCGGCAACCUAAGGGUCGAAGGGGAUGAGGAAUGCGACGCGGGUCUCUUAGGAACCGAAGAUAACGACGCAUGUUGCGAUAAGGACUGCAAAUUGCGUAGACUGCAAGGAGCCAUGUGCAGUGACAAAAAUUCCCCCUGUUGCCAGAACUGUCAGUAUAUGCAGAAGGGAGUAAAAUGCAGAGAGGCUCAGUACGCAACAUGUGAGCAAGAAUCAAGGUGCACUGGAUUCCAGGCCGAUUGCCCCAGAAGCCCUCCGAUGCCAGACGAUACUGAUUGUCAAGAAAGGGGAAAAUGUCGAAACGGCAAGUGCACACCAUUCUGUGAAACACAGGGACUUCAGAGUUGCAUGUGUGACAUAAUCGAGCAUGCUUGCAGAAGAUGUUGCAGGACUAGUAUAAACGAAACAUGUUUCCCUGUAGAGCCUGCGGAUGUCUUACCUGACGGUACACCUUGUAUACAAGGUUUUUGUAAUAAGGGAAAUUGCGAGAAGACGAUUCAGGACGUCGUGGAACGUUUUUGGGACAUUAUAGAAGACAUAAACAUUAACAAGGUCCUGUUAUUCCUCCGGGACAAUAUCGUGGGAACGAUUGUUCUCGUAACUGCCUUGCUAUGGGUCCCUGCCAGCUGUGUGAUUGGUUAUUUCGACAGGAAACGACGUCGCGAAGAAGAGAAACGUUGGGAAUGGAAGAACAGGACUGAUCUCAUACAUCCCUCCGAACCCAGGAGAAUAAUACACAUACGUGUUCCCAGACCUAGACCAACCCUCAACAUCUCAUAAUAUGAAAUAAAAGUCAAGGUAAAAAACUGAAUUUCAUUUAACUUAAAUUAUAUUUAAAUUAUUUUGGUAGUAAAAUUUAUUACUACUUUAUUUACAGUUUGAAAGUUAGACUUGUGUUAUAAACAUUUCAGUAUAUAACUUUAUCUCAACAACACUUAACUUAGUGUGUAUUUGUUUCUAGUCCAAC